GAGCUCCGCAAGCAGCAAUUUGCAAUUGCAGCACUGAACACCCCUGGCCACCCAUCCAAAGACCUAAAAGCAAGAAGACCCCUUGAGAGGACGACCAACAGGCCCAGAGAGCCGCCGUUAGACUAUCCGAGCAGCACCACCAAUGCCUGGACAAAUCCCCGCUCAACGACCAAGGCCAUUCAGAAGUCCUUCAUCAAAAACUUCCUAAACAGCAAGCAGCCGAACAACGUACUUGGACGCCCUGCCCCCGCCAUAAAUGGUGAGGAAAGCUCCUUGCCGCGAGGAACAAGAGUGGAGCUAGCCAGAAUCAGAUGCGGUCACUCAACCAUGGUUCCAAGCUAUUUCGCGAGAAUCAACAACGACACGGUGCCAGCCUGCAAGAAGUGCGGCGAUGUCACAGGGAAUGUGGAACACAUGCUGAGAUGUUCUAUCCAACCCCCGCUCACUCCGUCUAAACUGUGGACGGAUCCGAAAAAGGUGGCAGAGGCACUGGGCCUCCCCACCAGAACUUUCGAUCCAGGCGGAUCUCAAUGA